AUGGCCACCCCCAAUGUUCUUACCUUUGACGCUGAGGGGAGGGCCAUUGACUUUGCCGUCUGGAUUGAAGACCUGCAGCUGUACUUACUGUGUGAUGCGAUAGAUGAGGUCUCUCUCUUUGACUUUGUCUCUGGCGCUGUCCCUGCCCCACCUGCUGAUGCUGACUCUGCCGUUCGCUCCAAGUGGGCGACCCGCGAUGCUGCUGCACGUCUUGCUGUGCGUCGCCACCUCCCUUCCUCUGAGCGUGCCCACUUUAGUCAGUGCAAGACCGCUCAGGCCUUGUACGACGCUGUAGUUGCACGCUACUCCUCCCCUUCCUCCGCUACCCUUAGCCGCCUCAUGCUACCGUUUCUCUUCCCUGACCUCGCUUCCUUUCCCACUGUCGCUGACCUCGUUACCCACCUCCGUGCUAGUGACACCCGCUACCGCGCUGCCCUUCCUGCUGAGUUCCGCGCUGCGAACCCUCCUCCCAUGUACAUCACUCUCUACUUUCUCGAGUCCCUGCUAGCGGCUGAGAAGAGUAUUGUCGCUGUAGGGGCCUCUCGGGGUGACCCUCGCACCCCUAUCUUUGAGGGGUGUGGUCCUUCCCCCCUGCUGCCCUCUGUCGCCUCUGCCGCUGCGGCCGACCUCACUGGUUUUGAGUCGGUCGGCGCGGCGUCUGCCCCCAGCGGCAGACGCCGCGCUGGCAAGGGCAAGGGGGGCAAGGGAGCGGGUGGAGCUAGAGGGGGCGGUGGAGGAGGCGGUGGGGGGUGGCGGGGGGGAGUGGGGGUGGCGGUGGGGGUGGUGGCGGGAGUGGAGGUACUGGUGGCGGCGGUGGAGGCGGAGGUGGCGGCGGAGGUGGUAGCGGAGGAGGCGGUGGGAGCGGUGGGAGCGACGGUCCUGGUGGGGGAGGUGGAGGUGGAGACGGGGGGUGGCGGUGGAGGCGGGGGUGGCAGUGGAGGCGGGGGUCGGAGUGGCUCGUCCCAGCGGAGCAGCUCCGGGGGUGGUCAGCGCCAGCGAGCAGCAGCAGCAGCAGCCGCAGCAGCAGCCACAGCAGCAGCAGCGCUCUCGCACCGUCCCCGCCCCUCAGCAGCUCCGUGA